AUGCCGGGACGGACGCGGGGCGCGCGGCUGGGGCGGCAGCGCCACCUGCGGGCGGGUGGGGGCACUGCGCCCUCGAGCCCCGCGCCGCUCAAACGCCUGCGGAGCUCCGCGCCUGCGCAUGGUCAAAUGAGUGAUCUCGUGGAAGAAAACGGCAAGAAAAGCUAUUCUUCCCAGGAAACAUCUGCAGAAAAAAAUGUGUCUCCUGCUGAGGACUGCUCAAUAAGACACAAAAAUGUGCAAAAACUCGAGAAACAAUUAAAAUGCUUAGCCUUUCAAAAUCCAGGACCUCAGGUAGCUGACUUCAAUCCUGAAACUAGACAGCAGAAAAAGAAAGCAUGCAUGUCACAGAUGAAACAAAAUUUUUUUUAUGAGUCCAAAUAUACAAAGAAGUAUGACAAACAUGGCAGGCUGCUUUGUAAUGACAUAGAUUUAUGUGACUGCCUGGAAAUGGACUGCCUGGGUUGCUUCUAUCCUUGCCCCAAAUGCAACUCGAACAAAUGUGGGCCAGAAUGUCGCUGCAAUAGGAAAUGGGUUUAUGAUACGAUUGAGACUGAAGCUGGGGAUGUGAUCAGCGAGCUGCCAUUCUUUGUCCCUGACUGAUUAUGUUCUGUUAGGUCUUGUGCCUGAAUAUUUUUCUUUUAAAUUCAUGUUUUAUUAAAGUAAAUCACCACCUGGCAGAGAUGCUUGUGCUUUUUUUAUUGCUGCCUACCUAGCAAGUUUUAGCAUUCCCCAUCAAGUAAAAGUGUGUAUUUCAUUCU